GCGAGCGAGCGAGCCAGCGGGGAUAACGAGCGCGACGGAGAUGUGGAGGCGCGGCCGCCGCUGACGAGAAGCACCCCCGCGACACACACACACACUCUUGCGAAGCCAUGGCCACCCCGCCCGACAGCCCUGUCGACGACGUCGCGUUCGAGCUCGAGCCGGGUCGUCCGGCCGUCAAGCAUCGGCCCGUCGCCCUCGAGGACCUCUGCAGGCAGACCAAGUUCACGCGCCAGGAGAUCAGGGUCAUGUACCGCGGCUUCAAGCAGGAAUGCCCCGAGGGAUUAGUUCAUGAAGACGCCUUCAAGGAUAUUUACGCCAAGUUCUUCCCGCACGGCAAUUCUAGUUUGUACGCGCAUUAUGUCUUCAAAGCUUUUGACGUCAACAGUAAUGGUGCCAUCAGUUUUAGGGAUUUACUAGUGACCUUGAGCACGUUACUGCGAGGCUCAAUAUACGAGAAGCUGCGAUGGACGUUCAAAUUGUACGACAUCAACGGCGACGGCUGCAUCACGCGCUCCGAACUGGCGGACAUCGUGGUCGCCAUCCACGAGCUCAUGGGGCGCAAAGCGCACCAGGUGGACGAGGACAGAAAGGCCAGAGAGCAGGUGGACAGGGUGUUCAGGAAGCUGGACAUCAACCAGGACGGCGUCAUCACGCUCGAGGAGUUCAUAGAGUCCUGCCUCAAGGACGAGGUGAUCCACAAGUCGUUGCAAGCGUUUGACUCGGCGGCGCUAUGAUGCUCGGCGGCACCGCAGCGUCCCUACUGCCACGCGCGGCUGGCGCCGCCGCUGCUGCUGCGUCAACACCGGCUGCUGGUGGACACGGCGCCGCUGUGCUCGUUGGGCGCGGCGCACCUCGACGCCUUUGAUGCCUCAAUCGUGGCCGAACUCUUGUCACGCUGCGUGCUCGGUGCCGCAUAAAUUUCAAGCAAAAACAGAGACAAAAAAUAAUGGACUCGGAUUAGACGAAGGGCUUUGCAGUGCAAAGACGUUCAGUGUCAGUGCGUUUCCCACGCCAGUUCGUUCAAGUGCGCGAACUUGAUAUAAAAACACAGCAGCACAGCAAUAAAACGCAUCUAGUCGCGUGCGCUCAAUAACAGGCACCACCACCGAAUUUGGGUUCAAAUGAGAUUUUGGUCAUUUCUUCAGAGACCUAAGACUAUUUUUCAUCACGUUUUUAUUUUACAGACUCGUUUCUGUGGUGAAAAGUUUUCAUUUUUUUAAGAUUCUAUAAAGAAAUUCCCCAAAAACUGUCAAAAUUUUGAACUCUCAUAAGGUGGAAGUUUUAUCAAACCUUGUAUCCAAUAAUAUUCAUUUACCUGAUUCAGUGGUGUUUUUGCAAAACGUUUUGAGCGGACGCGGGUUCAAAUUUGGUGCUUUUUGGCGCAAAGAAGUUUAAGAAUAGUGUGAUAUACCUUUUUAAAUUGCACACAGCAGUUUUUAGAGAUUAUUAAUUGAAUCGAUUUCAAAAUAAGGAAUCAUACAUGAAUUAAUAUAAUUACCAUCAUAAAAAAGUAGCAUGUAAGACACGCUCUGAUUUUCUUUCACAAGAGAGUUGAUUUUUCAGCAACAUUCCAUUUUUUUAAAAAAAGAGAUGAUCUAUUGUAGUAUGGCGUGUGAAUUACCAAAAAAUACGAGAGUUUAAAGGGUUAAUUUAGAGCAAGGUGUUUCAAAUGAAGACUCUCUGAUUAGAUAUUUCUGCGCUUUCCGCAUAAUUUUUGCAGAAAAAGUCGGUGUUUUGCGAAUUAGAGAGAGCUCUCAAUAGACACAGAUAAAUAAAUAAUUAAAAAAAAAGCAAGGCAGAAGAAGCCAGGGGUCUAUUUGAUGCACCUGUAGUCGUCUUUCAACAGGUAAAAAUAAUUAAAAGUAUUUGCGAUUGUUAUUUCACAUUGUAAAUAAGAGAGAAUCGCGCAAGUGGAAAAAGGAGAGCAACAAAAACAAUUUUCCUUAUUCGCACUCAAAAGUAUGUAGAAACAUGUCCUAGUAUUAAUACACACACACUCUCACUCGUUAUUAAAAAGUAUAAAUAAAUAAAUAAAUAAAAACUUACUCUCGGCAAUUUAAAAAACAAUAAAACAAAAUAGAAAAAUAUACGUUUUUGUCCACGAGCAAUUAAAUUGAAAAAUGAAUUUGUUAUAAACUGAGAGAUUUUUCUGCACAAUUUCUAAUAAUUGUGAAAAACGGCGGUCAGCUUUGAGCAAAUUUCGAAGCAAUUCGACGGUUUUAACUAAGUAAUGUUGAUUUUCAGCAGUCAAACUGCUGAAAUGUAGUUAAAAGAAGGAAAACUAAGCAAAUUUUAUAAUCUACGUCACGCGCAUUAUUGAGCACUAGCGUUUUAGCAGGUUACACAUUUUAUUCUCGAUUAAAUUAAUUAAACUCAGGUCACUUAAACACAUGUUUGCAUUAGAGAAAUUAUAAGAGACGCGCGUCGUAAUUUUUGAAUGUUAAUUAUAUAAUUAAAGAGAAAAAAUAAUGUCAGCCGUAUAAUGAAUUUAAAUUUGAAAUCUUCAGUCUCGAUCAAAGUGUUGCGAAAAUAUUAAUAACCAGAUAUUCUUCAGCUGUAUAAAAAAAAUUUAAAUUUUGCAAAGCUUUCCUUGUUGAUUCGUAGGGAAAAAAACAAUGUGUGCAGAGCAUUAAAAAAUCAAGAGUGAGAAGUUGUAGCUCAAUCGGUGGAGUUGAAUACUUUAAUGAACACCAUACAGAACAUGUGUGUACGCGCGCUCUUUUACGAAGGCAGAAUAUUCGAAGAAAUUUAGGUCUCAACGCAUUCCAAGAAACGACUAGUUGCGUAUAGUUGAGCGAGUUAAUAAAUCGCGUAGUUCAAGAGAGAUGUAUUUAAAUCGCUUGCGAGGACAUCAGUUAGAAUAUAAUGACUAAAAAUUAGCGCACUCAUUUCUAUGGCACAAAACACAAAAAUCUCUCCAUUUAAAAAAAUCAAAACUAGCGUUCUCCUUAAAAUGCACGGUUAAGUAUAAUUAAAAAAAUAAGCGACAAUUUUUCCCGGAUCGGUUUUUUACUCUGUAUAAAAUGAGAGAAAAAGUUGAGAGAAUUGACAGAAAAAUCGCGCAGAGCCACCAGCUGUGUGAGAGAGAUUUGGAGAUGAGCCCGUCUUGUCGCUCGUUUGCUCGCUGCAAAGGCGUCCCAAUCGAUAGGCGGUAAUUUUGCCACUUGGCCAGCAGGGCCACGUGCGGCGCCACCGGCGGCGCCAUACUUCUCCUGAGCCUCUUGAAAGAAAGCACGCCACCUUUAAUCCCGGCCCUCGAACCGUUUGCCCCUCGAGAAGCAACACCACUUCUUCUUCUUUUCCUUGAUACAUAAAUUUCCACACAGUUCUUAAAUUAUUUUCCUACCAGAGAGUAUAAUAAUGACGGCAAAUUGCGAGUGCAUAAAAAAUCGCUGGCGGCCUGAACGAAAAUGGGCUCGUGACAGGAAAGCCGGUCUUAAUGUAGCGGUCGCUUCUUUCUUUCUUGGCUCCGCGUUCCGUUUGCCGGGCAAACUUCCAAUAACCGAAAAACAAAUCUCUUUCAUCUCUGGUACGGCUCCACGCGUUUUUACACAAGUUGGUCCUGUUUUUCUCACUGAAAGAAUCGAGAGUGCGUGCGUGGAUAAUUUUUAUCACAUAUAGAACGGAGGUAUUUUUUUUUACUACAAGUUUUUUUGAAUUGCUUGUUUUCGCAACACGCAACCCGCUCAACACAUAAAAUUCCAUUUUUUUUUUAAAUUCCUUUCACACUCCGGUGGAAUUUUAUUCAACCCUCUGAGAUUAAAAUAAAUUAACAAGUUCAGUAUUUGCCAGAGAUGGCGCCUUACAAAUUUGAUUUAGGCAACCUAUUUAAAAAUUAUGAAAGUAUACGCAAUAAAAAUAUUUUUUUUUUACAAUGUUCAAUCAAAACCAAGAAAAAAGUUUAAUUAUGAUUAUAAAAUUUAAUUUUCUUAGUGUUGAGCUGCUUGCAUAUUACGAAUAUUGGCAUUUUUUUAUCGAGUAUGAAUUUGUGCAAUUGCGCGAUUUUCAGGCCAACAGAGCUUUGACUGCUGGCGACCGAGCGAAUUGUUUCAAUACUUCCGUGAAAACUGCUGUGUCCAGACAACAGAUUAUUCGCAAAAAAAUUACGAUAUUGCUGCUGGACGCACGCAAUCUUGGCCGUUUGAAUAUAUUCUAAACCGUUCCGGUUUCGCUAGAUGUCUUUCUUGACGUCCAUUUUUCUAAAUUUAAUAUACAAUAUAUAUAUCCGCACCGGUGUGUGCGUCUGCAAUUAUUUUGUAAACGAGAUUCAAGCAUUUUUGAAUGGAUCGAAAAACACUCGUUCGUAUCUGUAGUCAAUUUUUGAGACGUGGGAUUUUUUACACAUUUUCUCUUGGAUAUAUUAAUUGAUUGUUUUCCACUACAACUGCUGCUGUUGCCGACUUUUCUGGUGUGUGUACUCAGUCCGUUGAUCUCACGAAAUUAAACGCGAGCUAUAGAAAAAAAAACGAAAAAUUCGUUCAGUUGAACACAAUCACUCUGGAAAGGCCUAAUUUUGUAACAGAAAAAAAUCUGCUUCGGAGAACAAACACACACACACAGUGCACUAUUUAAAGUGAAAGAGUAUUUGGAGAAACAAAAAACAAUGUAACUUUUGAACAAGUGAUUGUUGUACGAAUUUUUAUCACAAAAACUCUUCAGCACUAUUUUAGAGAGAAAACGAAUGCGUGCGUAAUAGAGUCCCUACUUUUAUGUAAAAACCGAAAUGAGAUCUUGUGCGUGUGAGAUGAGGUGUGCGUCUCUCAUCUGUGAAACCUUGAAAUGAGAUUUGAGAUUUUCCUGCUGCGCAAGUGAGAAAAUGCGACGAGAAUGAAUGCCAAGAGUGAAAUUUAUGAAUUGUUAUUUACUUAUUAAGUGAAAACUACCAUUGAUAAAGAUUAAUUAUUAAUGAAAAGAAAAGAACGAAAUGUGCUUCUAGUCCUAUGGAACAAUAAAAAAAAAAUCAUGAA